AUGUGGCUCACGCCUACAGAAACGUCGAUAACAGGAUUAUGGACAACGGAUCAAGCCAAUCCAUAUUUCAUGUUACAACGUCGUCGAGGACAUGAUGAACCGCGUUUUGGCUUUGCUAGCUAUGUUGUAGCAAAAAUUGAUUCGGUGCUAGAUGCGAAAAACCAUCACUAUCGAAUACUUCAUACGCGUCCUGAUUCGCGAGUUUCUUAUUUGAUUGCCGAAUCAGCUAAAAAGGAAGAAAUCGAGGAACAUUGGAAAUGGAUUCAAAUACAUCUAAUGCCAAAAAUUGACGACAUAGUUGGCGGUAAUGACAUAACCCAAUUUGUGCAUGGAAAAAUUAAAUGUCUGUGCACAGAAGCAGAUGAUAAAGAAGUUGAAGAUUUAGAAACAGAGAAGUUCAAAGCCGCAACGAAGAAAUUCUAUAAGGUAUUCAACAUGCCACCUGAUGAAAAACUUGUUACCUAUUAUUCCUGUUAUUACUGGAUCGGCCGGGUACCACGCGAUGGUUGCCUAUUUUUAUCUGUGAAUUAUCUUUGUUUCUAUUCGAAUGUACGUGGAAAAGAGUUAACUCUCGUGGUGAAAUUUACGGAUAUUAUGUCACUUCAACGUGUCCAUGUAAUUGUUUCGGAAGUUAUACGUGUGCGAACACGUCUACACGAGUAUGAAUUCGGAAUGUUUAAAAAGAUCGAUGAAGUAUAUCACAUAACAGUACAAAUAGCGGAUUUCGCUGCGAAAAAAUUAUUAUCUCAGAAAGGUGCAUUCCAAGAAGAGAAUUUCUUUCCAGCUGUGACUAAGAAAACAGCUCCCAAAGUUAUGUCUCAAUUGAAACGUGAUUUUGACGCGAAGUCUCGUAGUGAAGCAUACCGGUAUCGAUUUCGCUUACCAUUAAAUGAACGUCUCGACGGCGAGAUCGUUUGUCAUUUAUGGACAGCAUACGAUCGUUCUAGCGUACUUGGUAAAUUGUAUAUCUCGUCGAAUUUCGUAUGCUUUGCGAGUAAAAACUACCAUCAGGUUAGCUUGAUCAUUCCAUUUCGUGAUAUUUCGCAAAUUAAUAAGCGAAUAGACGACACUAAACAAACAGAUCUCGAUAUUCCAUCAGCAUUGGUGAUUACAAUGAAAAAUCGAGGCGAACCAUUCACAUUUUCGCAUUUUGAUGAUCGAGAAUUUAUUCUUCAAAAAUUAUCGGACUUCUUAUUUCACCGUAACGAACCAGUAAAAUCAACCGAUCAUGAAUCAGAUAUAGUUGUAUCUACGCCACUCUAUCAACCAUUUGUUAAAGAUUACAACGAACAACGGCAAGCUCUGGAAAAGAUCCGUGAAGCUGAUUGGGCAGCCCAUUUUCUGACCUACGGCCAAGGUCCAACAAUGUACCGAACAAAUAAUCUAUAUGAUCUUCUAUUUCAAGGCAUUCCAGAUUCCUUACGAAAUGAAUUAUGGUUAAUAUUUAGCGGUGCUGUCUAUGAUAAAGCAGCUAAUGAAAAAACGUACGAAAGAUGUGUCCGUGAAUCCCAACUAGCUCAAACAGAUCAAGAUAUGAUCAAUGAAGAAAUUGAACGUGACCUCUACCGUGCACUACCCGAACAGAAAGCAUUUCAAAACGAAUCCGGCAUUAAUGCUCUCAGAUGUUUACUACGAACUUAUGCAUGUUACAACAAAGAUGUAGGCUAUUGUCAAGCCAUGAAUAUCAUUGGUGCUGUACUUUUGCUAUAUAUGAACGGAGAAGAUGCGUUUUGGACUUUAGCAGCAGUAUGUGAACGACUAUUACCGGAUUAUUACAAUACGAAAGUCGUUGGCGCAUUGAUAGAUCAAGGUGUAUUCAGUGACUAUUGCAAAGAAUACAUGCCUGAUUUGUAUGAGAAAUUGGAAAAACUUGGUAUCGCUGCAUGUAUCACUCUCUCCUGGUUUCUAACGCUUUUUAUCUCUGUUGUUCCAUUCGAUUCAAUGUUGUAUAUCAUUGAUAUAUUCUUCUACGAUGGAAUCAAAGUCCUAUUUCAGUUAGCAUUAACGAUCCUCAAUGAAAAUCGGCAAAGUCUAUUGAAAUGCGAAGAUGAUGGCGACGCGAUUGUUGUUCUAACACAAUACUUCGAGAAACUCUCAGACAAGACUGAUAUCAAAGAAGAACGAAAAAUUGUUCAAUUAAUUAAAAAAUCCUAUUCAGAAUAUAAUGGUAUUAACGAAGAAGACAUCAAUCGUUUACGUUUAAAACAUCGCCUGAAAGUGAUACAAAACAUGGGUGAAUCAUUAUUACAAUCCGCUGCUAAGAACACCGUCAAAUAUACAAAAUUCAACGAACAAGAAAUAAAAAAUCUUUUUUAUGUUUUCAAAGAUGUUUCACGCAUAUCGCUAACCGAAGCGAAUGAUCCGCGGAAACUCGCAUAUGAAACUUAUCGAAUUAAUCGCAAUGAGUACUUGAUUUUAUGUAAAUAUCUAUCACCGUGGUUCAUUGGUGAAAAUGCCGAAGUUUUGGCAAAUAAAUUAUUCGACUUAUUUUGUGUAAAUGGAACAUCGAAUCAAAUUGAUUUUAUUCAUUUUAUUCGUUUAUGGAAUAUUUUAUGGAAGGGCGAAUUUCGAGAUAAGUUAAUCAUUUUAUUUCUCGCACAUUUAGAAAAUGUUAGAACACGCGAAGAAGGUUUCAGUAUUAUAUUCGAACCAAUACCAAUUCGUUCAGCAUCGAUGAUCAGCGAAAGUCAAUCGAUUGACUUAUUAUCAUCGACAAGAGAACAACAACUGCCUUCGUUCAAAGUUGAAAAUGCGGAAGUAACACAUUUAAAACCCAGUCAGCUACCUCUAAUGACUCAGACCGAAUUCAUACAUCUGUGUAAAUCUUUAUACAAUCUAAUGACUGGAUCAAACGAUGAUGAAAAUCUAUUCAAAGCAUUGACAACUUCCAGCACAAUUCUUCUACAAAUGGGUGAAAUGUGUAAACCCUAUCGUUUGAUUGAAAUCGACGAUACUCCCACUGCUGAAUGGACUGUCAGUUUCGAACAAUUCGAAGCAACAAUGAUGGCCGAGUCGUGUUUAGUGUCAUGAUACCACAGUAUGAGUAGCCAAACAUUUCUUGUUGGUACUGGUGUAAAUCGUAUAUAUGCAUGUCAACUGACAUCGGAUGGGCAGUUUGCAUUACUUAAUGAAACAAAAUCCGGAAAAGGUUCAACUUGGCUCUUGCCACGUGAAGAUCUGCUCUACGUAGUUAAUGAACAUGACGAUAAAAUCGAAACAUUUACAAUUGAUGACCGCAAUCAAGGAAAACUAACACUAAAAAACACAAUAUCUUCGAUCGGAGAUACCCCAUGCGCGUUAGAAUUCGACCCAUCAGGAAAAUGGUUACUUGUUUCCAAUUAUGGCGAUAAAGGAGUGGCGAAUAUAGUGUCUCUCCCAUUAAACGAUUCGAAAUAUCCGGACGAAAAGGGUGCUCAAAUAACUACAAUCGAAGGAGAUGGUCCGCAUCCAACUCGACAGAAACAUUCCUACUGUCAUCACGCAAUUUUCCAUGAUAAUUAUCUGUAUGUCGUCGAUUUAGGCUCCGAUACUUUGAGCGCUUAUCGUUUUGAUGCUACAACUGGAAAACUUGAUCUUGUUGGUGAUCGAGUCAAAACAGAAGCAGGUGCCGGUCCACGUCAUAUACUUUUUCAUCCGAGCAAACCAUUGGCAUUCGUGUGCAAUGAAUUGAAUUCAACAGCGAAUGUUUUCCGCGUCGAUUCUUCAUCGGGUCGACUUCAUCAUCUUCAAACUAUAGGCACUCGCCAAGACAAAGAUCAAAAUUCAACUCAAGAGAACUAUACUGCUGAAUUACAAUUUACACCUGAUGGGAAAUAUUUAUUAGUAUCGAAUCGUGGUGAUGAGAAUUUAGUGAUCUUUAAUAUGAAUGAAGAUGCCGAAAAAGAAGUCUUAAGUGUAAAAGAACAUCUCGAUUGCCAUGGUUCAUUCACACGAUACUUUACGUUUGAUCCAACUAAAAAGUUUCUUCUGGUUGCCAAUCAAAAGUCCAAUAAUUUAGUUUGUUUUUCAUACGAUUAUGACAAUGGCACAUACACAUUCGUCUCUCAAUUGGAUAACAUCGAAAGUCCCCAACAUAUGGUAUUCCUUAACGAUCCAUCUCUCUAA